AUGGUCAACAUGAUUCAGACUAAACAAAACAAGGAAAAUACGUAUAAGACUGCAACUGGGAAAGAAAAAGAGAGCAUUACAGAAAAGGCUUUGAAACCUACAACUAGAUUGGGUUGUUUCUUUUGCAAGAAAGCAGGGCAUAUGAAGAGAGACUACAAGAAAUACAAAAAGUGGCUGGAAAAGAAGAAGGGAAAAGACAGUGGUGCUUCUAUUCAUGUGGCUAAUUCCUUGCAGGAGUUUACAAGCAAGAGGUUGCCAAGCAAGGAUGAAGUGAAGGUGUUCGUGGAAAAUGGAGAAGAAAAAUAA